ACAGAUCCCAAUCUGAAUUGAAGGGUCCAGAGAGCUCCGCUGCUUUUGUUUUGAGCAGACGACAAGGCCUCCGCCACAGCCAUUGCGCGCUCACCUUUCUGUUGCAUAUAGAGAAAGAAGAGAAAGAAAUUACCCAGAGGAAUAAGAUAAAAUGACAGUCUCUUCCAUAUUUGGCUCUCCAUUUCUGUUGGCAUCCAAACCCUCGACUACACCGUCUUUCAAGCCUGUCAACGGCGAGUUCAAAACGGUCCCAAUCGGCACUGGUUUUGGUCAUGGUGGGAUGUCGAUAGAGUGUUCUUCAAGGCCACAGAAGAAGGCAACUGCACAUCACAGGAAAACAAGGCCAAGAAAGAGUCAACCAUGGGACAUAAGGCGCAAGCCCACUGUUUAUGCUCCUCUACCUCCCCUACCACCUGAUUGGACCCUUGUUUCUUCUUCUGUCGAUGGUGAUGCUGAUGGUGAUGGAGCUGAUUUGCCUUCUACUACUGCAUUAGAGGCACCGGUUACAAGUGGGUAGUUGCUUUUUUGUGGUUUUUAUGUUCUGUUGUUAUUGGAGAUUUCGUGAUGGGUGUUUCGGCUUUUAUGUAUUACUACUUUGUGUUUCCGAGUCUUAAAAACCAAAGAAUGAAAUGCAAUUAUUAUUACUAAUAAUUUUAUUGUC